AGGCAUUGGUGGGCUUUACGAAUUAUUUCAAAACGGGUUGAUAGAAUGAGUCCACUAUGUCAUUGACCUCGGAGCGAGACACCAAUCGAUCCCUCUUUCACAGUCAAACCGGCUUGACCGUUGCCAUUGGACGUAAUGUGGAGCGGAGUCAGUGGGUGGCCGAGUCGUGAAGAUCACGGCUAAACACAGCGUUCUAUUAUCAUACGACACCACUGUCACCAGGGCUUCAAGGACACGCUGCAGACGCCGGUAAGCUCUUGAUCGCGAAUCAUCUCGAGGCUCUUCUCUGUGGACACUAAUAACUAAUUUUACUUGUUCAGCGCUGGCAAGAUGUCGGUGUAUGUCAUUCAAGCAGUAAGAAGGGGAUUGCACUAGAUCAGUAUGGGCUACCAGCGAUGAGUAUUUCUUGCACAGUCACGACACUGAGUGGAGCCCUUGCGUGACACCAGUGCACACACAUUAGUACUAGUAGCCAUAACAACACACGGUGGUGACCUAUCAAUCACUUGCACAAUCCAGUCAGCCACGUGACUUGGUCAGUCUGUAGCUAAAUCCGUCACGGCCCAGCAAUGGCCACUGCCUCCAUGGAGGACUAUCACAUCUUGGGUAAGAUCGGCGAGGGCGCACACGGUAUAGUGUACAAGGCUAAGCAUCUGCGCACGGGAGAGAUAGCGGCACUGAAGAAGGUGCAGCUACGUCGCCUAGACGACGGCAUACCCAACAUUGCACUGCGCGAGAUCAAGGCCCUGCGGGAGAUCGGCAACCACCACAACGUCGUCAAGCUGCUUAACGUCUUUGCCUAUGGCUCUGGCUUUGUGCUAGCCUUUGAGUACAUGCUCUCGGACCUGAGCGUCGUGAUACGAAACACGGAGCGGCGACUGACGGAUGCACAGAUCAAGAGCUACAUGGGAAUGCUACUGAACGGCGUCAUGUUCUGUCACAGCAACCAUAUCCUCCAUCGUGACCUGAAGCCGGCCAAUCUUCUCAUUAGCUCCUCGGGUCAUCUCAAGCUGGCCGACUUUGGUCUGUCCCGGGUGUACGACAAGAGUGGACUGCGCCCGUAUAGCCAUCAAGUUGCCACCAGGUGGUACCGCGCUCCUGAACUGCUCUACGGCGCUCGCAAAUAUGACAGCGGAGUGGACAUGUGGGCCGUGGGAUGCAUAUUUGGCGAGCUCUGCAACAAUUCACCGCUUUUUCCUGGUGAGAACGACAUUGAGCAGCUUUGUUGUGUCUUCCGUAUCCUUGGUACGCCAACAUCAUCUAUAUGGCCGGAAAUUGACACGCUACCGGACUACAAGAAGAUCCACUUUGCAAUGAUGCCGGCAAUACCGUUCCAAGAUGUUGCUCCGGACGCAUGUGCGGUGACUCUGGAUUUGCUGAAGCGGUUCCUAGUCUAUCCGUCGGCGAAACGCAUCGCCGCCUCGGAAGCGUUGCUUCACCCGUACUUCUUCAGCGAACCCUUGCCGGCGCAUCACUCUGAGCUACCCAUCCCGACCAGGAGCAGGCGAGAGGAAGCUUUUGAUGUGAGCGUGCCCUUAGUUGCAUCAGUCGUACCUAUAAGCCUGCGUGACCCAUUCAACUUGAGUUAAACAUUGCGGCCUUGCAAAGAACACCGCACCAACCUACUUGCAACUGCUAUGACUACUGUAAAGACAUGUGACAUGCAUUGCAUUCCAAUAAAUUGAUCAAGAGAGAAGAUAUAACACCCAAUACCCUGAAAUUGACACUGAGCGCAGCUGGAUAUAUGGCACUAGGCCUGGUUUCAAAACAAGUAUUAUUAUGUUUAUUCUAAAAUCCACAUUGUUCACUGGUUUGAGGGAAAGAUAUCUACAUCUACAUUGUUCUUGAUCACGUAAUUGCCAGUAUGAUUUGUACCUGUACAAGUGAGUUGCACUAACAUGUACAAUUAUUGUAGAAGUUUCAAUUACUGCCAGAACUUUCAUUACGCUAAAA